CUACAAGAAAGAAAUUAGAAAUACGACUACUCAGAAUUUUUAUUAAUAAAUCUGGAUACAAAGUUGCAUAGUUUAAACGCUCCAAGCAAUGAGCGACGACAGUGUGAUUGUUUUGAGUGAUGACUGUCCAGACGCAGAUGGUAAUGGUGAGAAAAGAAAAUCCAAAGAUCACUCUAUUUCAAGAGACAGUGAUGGUAGUGAAUUCGAGUUUCCAAUCGUUCGCUUUAGCGAAAUAAAUUAUGUACCAAGUUCAAGAAAAGAUACGAAAGAUGCGAAACCAGAAGAGAAAGAAAAAGAUAUUAAUAAUAAAAAUUUGAGAAGAAAGAGAAGCAGAGAAAAAUCUGUCGACAGUUUACAGAAUUUAGUAACAGAUAGUUUAACAGAGAAAGAUUGGAGUGAUUCCGAUUUUCCACUUACAAAUAUUGAAAGUUAUGAUGCGAAAAAUAACUGUCGAAAGUCUGAAAAUGAUUCUGACUAUGAAUCACAAUAUCCUCCUAAACAGAAUCUUAGAGGCGAUCUAAUGGAUGUUGAAUUAUCUGAUGACCGUGAAGAGGCUCAUGAAACUGAAAAAACUGUGAAAAGAGUAGUUAGAAGAAAAAAGAAAGCUCAGCAAACAGAAGCUGUUAAUAAAGAUAGUGGCUCUAAGCUUACUAAAAAACAACGUCCAAAAGUAGCUUCAAAGACUAAUCCUAAGGAUUGCAUGAAAUCUAUGGAAGUAAUAAUAGAUGAAGGAGUUAAAAAAUACGAUUUUUUUAAUGAUUUCUCUAGAACUGCUACAGAAAAUGAACUCAAAUACAGCAUAAAGUCACAGCUGAUACCAAACAGUAUAACUUGGAAACGGAGAGCAGAAGUAAUUUAUGAUGAAAAGGAAGUAAAUAUCGAAGUAGUGGAUGAAAAUCAGUUGGUAAUUAUUUGGGAUUGUGAAGAAACUAUCAAGCACGUGUCUGAGAAUACUCUAAUUCCUGCUAUUUCAAAUAUAAAAUCGAUGAUGCCUUGCCAACAAAUAUCACUUAUUUUAUACAAAACACAAGGUUACUUCAAAUAUUCAAAAAGUGCAAAAGAUCAAACGGCACAAAGUAGUGCAGAUAACAACAAGCAAAAUAAAAAUAGAGCUAAGACUGGCAAAGGUUUCUCAAAUUAUUCAAAAGUAUCCAGGGAACAAUUGGAAGAUCUUUUAGUUGAAAUUCAGAUGUUGUUUAAUGCUCAUUCUAGAUUGAUAGACAAUGCAGAUGACAUGAUUUUGAUGAUAAAGCAGUAUACAAAAUCUCUAGCUACUCGCCAAUCGAAAAUGGAAAAGGAAGAAAAAUUGUCAGAGCUUCAUUGGUGCAUCAGCGUUGAUAAUAAAGACUCGGUUAAAGUUGACAAAGAUGGAAAUGGGUUUAGUAGGCUGUGGCAGCAGCAACUAUGUCAAUUUCCUCAGGCAAGUUUAGAGACUGCUGAGGCUAUCACAUCAGUGUAUAAAACUCCCUUUCAGCUGAUGGACGCUUAUGAAAAAUGCACUGAAGGCGUAGGAGAGAUGCUGUUAAAAGACAUUCCUAUAAGGAGAAACGCUGGAAUCCUUACUUCAUCAAAAAAAAUUGGCCCAGAAUUAAGUAGAAAAAUAUAUUUAAUGUUUACAGCUAUGGAUGGAGAUAUUGAUUUAAAAUAG